CCGCGCCGGCAGCUCGGGCUCCUCGUCCGCCCGUGGCCAUGGGGCUGCAGCCGCGGCGCGCCGCGGGGCCUUGCCCGCCCGCGGGAAGGAGCGCCGCCCUGCCCGGAGCGCGCUCCGCUCCUCCCUGGGCCCGCAGCGACGAGCCGGAGGGAACUCCCGGGCGGCCCGCCGCGCUGCCGCCCCUGCUGCCGGCCAUCCUGCCGACCCCCUCCGCUUCCCCCGCUGCCGCCCGGGCGCAGCCCAAGAAGCCGCCGGCGGCCGCCUCGGCCCCCAAGAAAGCAGCGCCUCGGCCCGCAGAGGAGAAGGCGGCGAGGAAGGCGCGGGGGGCGCCUCCGGAGCGGCCGGGCCCCCUCUCCAGCUCCUGGCCCUGCUCGUCCCUGCAGCGGCCGCCUCCGCGGAGACCGCCGGCCGAGCGGGCGGCGCGGCCCCAGCCCACCCCACCGCAGCCGCGGGGCCGCCCGGGGGCGCCGGGGGCGGGCAGCCGCUCCUGCGAGAGCCUCGGCAGGGCGCCGGGCGAGGCGGCGGGGCGCUUCUCGCUGAGCCUGCCCCCGGAGGCCAUCCGGGUGCUGCAGCGCCGCAGCCUGGAGCGGCAGCGGGGGCAGCCCGCACCCUCUCCCGCCGGCAGAGUCGCCCCGGCCCGGCGCGGCGACCUGCGCGCUCUGCUGAAGGUUUCGCUGCUCAACGACCGGCACCGCUACGACGACGAGGAGUACGAGGAGGAGGAGGCGGGGGCCGCGGCGGACGAGGGGCUGGUGCGGAAAUGCACCGAGUGGCUGCGCGGCGUGGAGAGCGCGGCCGGGCGCGACCACCCCGAGCGGCUGGAGACGCUGCCGCACCUGGGCACCCUCUGAGCCCCGCCGGGACCGCGGAGCGGCCGGACCGGGG